UAUAAGAGGCUGUGAAGUGACAACAUCACGACACACAACACAGUCAGAGUCUGGAGUGACCCCUCGAAAUCUUCCACAAACAACAGAGCAGCAGCCAAGAUGAGAAUUGUAGUGCCAGUGUUUGUUUUCCUCACCGUGGCAGUGUUUCACACUGCUCUCUCAGCGUCUCUGCAAUCUGCAGAGAAAGAGGACAAAGUUGCUCAGCACGAUGGGCUAACUGAACUGCAGAAAAUAGAUCAGAUGGAGUUUGAGGCUGCUCAGAAGAACGAGGCCACUCAGAUGAAUGUGACAGAAGAGCCGAGUGAGGUCGUCCUCUACCUCGAAGCUGUUCAGGACGAAUCUGAGGAGGAGCGCAUUGAAUCGGAGGACGAGGAUAACACAGCAGAGGGAGGAGGCAACUCUGACGCUGCAGCUCAUGAGGAAUCAGAGUCUGCGUCCUCUGAGGAGGAAGAGGGCAGACAGAGGCGGGAGCACCAUGAACCAGUUACAGAGACUGUGAGCAGUUUGGAUGAAGUUGGUCAGGAUUCGACCCAGGAACAAGGUGUACUGGAGUGAGAAAACGCUGCACAGUGCGGCUCCCCGCUCGCGCCCCUCAUGCGGUGCCUGAGCUGCACCUCAUUUACUGUCAAUAAAAAGGGAACGGUCCCACCUAUCUAUACAA